AUGGCCAAUUUGGACGAUGCAAAGGUUCAGAAACGAUUAAGAUUACAAUUACUAGAAUGUUUUGAUGUUCUUCCUAUUUAUGGCUUCAGUAGCUCAUCAUAUGACAUUAACAUCAUCAAGAAAUACCCUCCACAAGUCUUGAAACACUCUAAAAAACAUGGAAAUGUAUCCAAAUGCGAAAAGCUUUGA